AUUCUGGUAGUUUUUGUGAUAAAAACAACCGUUGUUGCGGAUAAAUGAGCCAAAUUCAAAACAAGCGUAAAUUUCGUGGAGAUCAAAUAUUAGUAUGCUAAAUUCAAGUCCUAAUCUUUGCCACACGUAACAGUAAUAGUUUUCAUAUAGCUGUACUAGGGCUCCCUUAGUCCUUUGCCGUUGUAACCAGCUAGCUAGCUAAAAUUGACUCUUGUUUUGAAGUGCUUUCUUCUUUUCUUUUUACGUUUCAUUUCUUCUCGUGUAAGAUUGUGAUUUUGGCAAACUGGCCGUGGUACUUAGCCGUGGUUUUGGAAUAAGGAUACCAUAAUUUAGAGGUAGCCAACUAACUAGCUACAAUUUCCAGAAUCUGUUGUCAGUGGGUUGAUUUUAAAGUAACCACAAUGACGCGUUCAGAUUCAAACGACAGCGACCAGAACAGAAGAAGAAGUAGAAAGAAAAAGAAGGAACGAUAUCGGUCACGCUCGCGCAGCAGUUCGUCUGACAGAUACCGCAAGUCGAAAAAGUCGCGCGCACGGUCCCGUUCUAGAGAACGUAGACGAAGUAGAUCACGUGAUCAUUACAAAAGUCGCUCCAGGUCUAGAGAUAGGUCGCACAAACGAAGAGAGAGAUCAAGAUCAAGAUCGCGUGAUCGAGACAACAAAUAUAGCUCUAAAGAUUACGAUGAUAAAGUAAAUUCUCGUUCAAAGGCAAUAUUUGAAAGUAAUAACGAUAAAACGAGUUUAAAGGAGAAAAUAAAAACACUUUCAUUAACACGUGACGAGAACAAGAAAGAGGUUGUUCCCAGCCUUGAGCAGUUGCAGAGGUUUGAAAAAGACAGCUUUGUACAAGAGUCGUUUUCUUCGACUAUUCCAAACGCGAGCAACCAACCGAAGCAGAAGAAAAAAAAGAAAAAGAAAAAGAAUUUGAUGCAAAGCCAAGCAGUAAGUAAUAACCUCGCAAAAGACAUUCCUGAGCAAAAAGCAGAGACAAUAUCACAUGAAAGUGCUAUGUUUGGAAAUACUUUAGACACGAUGCAUGUCGGAAAGUUUGCGUCGAGAAUAGACAACAAGCGUAAAGAAAUACUGAAAAACGUAGAAACUGAUGACGUCAUUUUUGGUGCGAUGUUUUGCGAAAGUCCAGAAAUUCGAAUGAAACGUUGGAUUGAAAAAUUAGGAAAGAUUCGUAAAAAAGCGCGAGAAGCUGGAUAUUAGCAUCAAAUAAAUGAUUUUGUUUUAA